AUGCCAACCCGUUUCCACCGUCCUGCCCUCCUCGAGCUCGUGCACUCAGAUGUCCAUGAUGUGGGCCACCUCUCCAUGUCCGGCUAUCGCUACUGGGUGUCCUUCAUCAAUGACUACUCUGUCAGAGUGCGCCCAGCACCUCUGCAUCGCUCCUAUGCCCUUGGCACAGCAGCCCAGUGGCCUUGCGCUCUCCCUGCGCGCCCCUCGCUGUCCCUCGACUCCACGUCGCUCCUGGACGCUCUCUGCACCCCUCCUCGCGCCUCAACGCUUCCCAUCUCCUCACCAUCUCCUCACCUCUUCACCUCCUCUGCUGCUGUACCCCUUGUCCCCUCGCUCUCCCAUCGUCUUCUACACCUCUUCAUCGUCCCCAUGCCCGACGCCGACGCCUCCAAGCGUAUCAAGGCCCUCACCAAGGACAACUAUGCAUCCUGGGCUGUGGACUUCAGCGCUCUAGCUCGCUCCAAGGGGUUCUACAGGCUUUUGAAGGGUACUGAGACGCGUCCUCAGGACCCUGACAAGGCUGAGGACUGGGAUACUCGCCAGGAGAAGGCAGCUGGCGAGCUCAUGCUCUCCCUGUCUGAGGAGCAGCGCAUCCAUGUCAAGGGCAAGGAGGAUGAUCCCAUGCUAU